CACGUAGAACCUCAAGGAGAGGGAAGUACGCAAGCGCGAUGAGGCACAAGAGUUGGUUUGCGGCGAGCGCCACAUUGAAAGCUUGCGACAUGCCGCUGAGGUGCUCAGUUGCGCGCCAACUCUCACACAGGUUGCGUUGUCAAGUUGGAUCUUUUCUUCUCUGUACGUUUUCGUUUCUUCUUAGCGAUUAUUAUCUUCUUCUAUAUAUAUAUGUGUAUUACCAAGUGCGACAGGCAAGGCCUACCGUAGCGCGUAUUGAUGCGCGUGAGAGCAUCAACAAACACCGUGUUGACGUGCAAGCAAACACGCGUGAGAUUCGGGAACGAACAAUUUUUAAAAGUUUAAAACGCGUCGUAACAAACGUCGUCGGACAGAGACGGGAGCGUGUGAAUCGUCGUCGUCGUCCUCGAGAUCUCAGAAUAUAGUUUCAUUGCGAGGACCAUUAAGUAAGUACUUGGAACAGUGUCAAAAGAGUCACGACACGCGCGACAAUUUCGCGGAAACGACGUCUGUUUGUUGUCCGCGGACGGACGGACGGGUGACGGCGUGUGACGACGAUAGAUUCUCAAAGAUAUAUACACCCUCUCCUCAUCUCCUACCGGCUCUCGUCUUGCACGACGUAGUACGCGCUACGACGGCCGAAGGAGAGGGAGACAAGCGCGUAACGCGGGCGGACAAAGUAAAAAGCAACACACACGGUAGUAACGUACACACCGUAGUGCGAACAUAACAUACAUCGACACGAACGGAAAAACGGACGUUACAGGUGGUUGCGGUGAAUUCGCAAAAGAUAUUUUAACUGUGAUGUGCGAGUGAGCGAUGGAGUCACCGGUCAUGUACGAUUCGGCGGCCCAUCAGGCCCAGGUCCAGGGUGAUCUGAAGAAAUCCCAGGUGCUCAAUAAUAACACCAGCAAUCAGAACAACAACGCGGCAACGAACAACAAUUCGGCGCUUCAAGUGAAUCACAACCACGGCCAGCAGCAGCAGCAACCAAACAGCGCGGUGGUGAGCAAAGUUUCCGCCAGCAAAGCGAGUUUGCAUCAACAGUACGCCGAACACUGCGCCGCGGCUGGUGAGCUAACUGAUCUCAAUACUCCGGAAAUCUCGUUGGAUCUCCAGCAUCUGAUCGACGAUAAUCACUUCAACGACGGUCUGCUGGAUAUGCUUAGCGCUAAUAGCGGUGCUGUCAAACACGUGAGGACAGCUGGUUAUCCCCGCACAACGCUCUCUUAUAUGCCACAACCUGUGCACAGCGGAGCGAGUUAUCAUCAGAGCAAUAACAGCUGCAGCGACAGCAACAGUUCCAGCGCCUCGGAUUCGCCCAGUAUCAAAGAGGAGCCGCUAGAUCCAGCGGAUUACCGACGUCACUGCCCUCAAUAUGCAUCAACUGGCUACAGUCAAGUUACGAACAGCCCGUUCGCCAACGGCGGUCAGACUUUUACCACCCUUACACCGACCACGGUGCCGGGUGGUCAUCCUGGUGCGCCUGUUCAUCAACAACCCCCGCGUGGUAAUCCAAUAAAAGGUCCGGUAAUGGCUCAUCAACAUCACGCAACUGCCGCCAAUGUCGCAAGGAAGCAAACCAAGGCCAUCGACAAGGCGAGCGACGAAUACAGACGGCGACGUGAGAGAAACAAUAUUGCCGUAAGGAAAAGCCGUGAGAAGGCAAAGGUACGAUCGCGUGAGACCGAAGAGAAGGUAAAACACCUAAUAAAAGAUAACGAUAUGCUUAAAAAGCGAGUCGAGCUAUUGACCGAAGAGCUCAAUGUGAUGAGGUCGCUCAUCAACACCGUCGGCAUGCCCGAAACGUUGCAUCGCGAGAUCUCCAGGCACUUCGAUCAGUUCCAGCAGCACGCUCUCGGACCUAUGUAGCAGCAGCAGCGUGACAACGACUUUGGUGACACUCGUCCCUGGAUUAGCAGAUCGCUUCGAUUGUGAGGCGCGCGAAGACAGUUGACGGAAGCGUCUUCCGCUUCCUCCCGCGCGCUUCUCUCACGAAUCCGCGCGCGCGCGCGCGAAGCGUGCAUCUCCGAACAAACAUCGUCUCUCACUCUCUCGCUUGUUCCAUUCUGGACGCACACUUGCUCAUUCUUUUUUCUUCUUUCUUUCUCUUCCCGCUUCGUCUUCUGCGUCGUCUUUUUACAUCCCACUCGGGUUGGUAGCGCGCGACUCAAACGCACGUGUAUUACACGCGUGCGCGCGUAAUCGCGAAGACGUGAGCAUGAGAGAGAGAGAAAAAAAAAUCGGCAAAUCGCGUAAGAGAAACGAUCAAGAAGAGCGACUUGGGUCAGGGCCACAAAAAAAAAAUAUUUUACUGUCCGGUUGUCUAAUAAUAGAUACGGUCCGUUAUCACAACGCUUAUCUACCUGGUGUCUAUAUUAAUCGAUUUUUUACUGCCAGCGCUUAUUGACCCGGAAACUUAUUUUAUAAUUGGCUUAGCGGAUUAUCCAAAAUGUGUGCCGGUUGGUAAAAUAUUACGCGCGGUAAGAUUUAACGAGCGAAGUGAUCAUCACAGUCGAGUAUUUUAAGUUUUCUUGUGUGUUUUGAACAUUUUUAUUUCCAUCAGAUAAUCAAUCGAUUCAAUUUUUGUGUGUCCUCGGCCUUAAAAUCGAUACUUGCGACGAGAACCGGAGAACGCGCGAUCGGCGCGUGAUCGAUUCACGCGUCAAAAGAAAAGUGCCUCCGUCUGCGGGGACGAGCUAAAGACACCUUUCGCUUGAAAUUUGUCUUCUGCGGACACUAAAGACAACAAAAGUAAAAAAUUAAGUAAUACGAUAAUAUAAAGAAAUGUAAAAAAAAAAACACUUAUUUUAAUAUAAGCAAGCUUCCCUGUUGCGAUUUUCUCUCUAAGAUCACAGACUUUAAGAAAAAAAUAAAUUAAAAAAGUCACCGUGCACAUUUUUAAGUAGAUAGACAGUUUUACUCUCUCUCUCUCUUUUAUCAACAAACGUGAUAUUGUACAUUUUUAAGUAGCUUUAAUUAACAGUUUUUUUUUUUUUUAACACAAGAUAUAAACGUCGAGACGCGAGUAAAUUUUUCUCCCCCUUGCGUUAUUUCUCUUCGCGAUGUCUUUUGCUUUUAAUUGUUUUUCUUAACAUCUGUGAAAUUUGAAUUAAGAACUGCGGCCCGCGAACUUUGGACGCACCAAAAAAAUCGCAACGCGGAAGCGAGCCGACACCUCGAAGUCGCACAUUCGACGAUUCACCCAAGAAGAUUGAAUUCUCAUCUUACAAUUAGUUAUAUAUUUUUCAUGUAUAUAUAUAUAUGUAUAUAUAUAUAUAUAUAUAUAUAUAUAUAUAUAUAUAUAUGUACAGCGACGAGCAAUGAUUCGUGAUUCGCGAAAAGAUUGCGGGAAAAUCGGAGGAAAAGAGAAGAACGUUUUAAAAAACAAAAAAUACCAUUUAUUUAUUGCUUGUCAUUGUACAUUGAACGCAACCAACAUUUAUACACGUGUGUGUAUACACGUACACACUCCCAAAAAAAAAAAAA